AUGAAGGGUCUGACGCUUAUCUUCUUUGCUCUUUCGGUCAACGCAACCUGCCACAGACAGAAUGCUUGUCGCCUUGACGGAGGAGUUGUUCCUCCAGGGCAAAAUUGCCGUCCGAACACAGACUAUUGCAAUCUAGGAGCAUGCGAUGCCGGUCAAGCCUGUGAAAUCACUCAGGAAUGUGAUGGCUGGAUUCAGGCCAAUUGGUAUAAUAACUGCUACGUCAAAUGUUGUACAAGGUAG